AUGAAAUACAAAGAACAAAAAGCAUAUCAACAGUUCCUAGAAGAAUUAAAGAAGGAGUUCCCACUAUUUCGAAAAUACACUGAUGAUUUUUUUUAUAGUAAAAAAAAGGAGGAACCACAGAGAGGAAGGGAAAGGUUAAAUUUUUCUUGUCAAAAUGGGAAAGUCCCAAAUGACAUAAAGGAUCUAUGCAACUCCUUGGUGACAGAAGUAGAGACGUCUUUCAAUUUGUUGGAACAAAAAAACAGAAUCGGUUCUAUAUGUAAAUUAUUUCUAAAUAACUACAGCCCAUUCACAAAUGGGUAUUAUGAUUAUAUUGACAGCAAUUAUGUGAGUUCCGCCUUGGUCCAGGCGGCUAUGGAGAGGUACGCCGAAGGGAGGGCGUCCCGAGGUGAACAUUCCGAUGCGGUGGGGCAUAUCAGUGAAAUCAAUGCGGUCAGUACAGUCACACCACCGAGUGUAAUCUCGAGGAGACCCCGCAAACGGGAAAGCGUUGGGGAUGCGGGUAAUGCGCUUGGGUGGGACAUCAGCUGGGCUAGUGAUAGUGCAGAUGGCAGUGUGGGCAGCGAUGCGAUUGGCAGUGUUGGGGGCGAUACGAGUGUUUCUGAAAGUAGUAGCCCUCAUAGUAGUCCCCGUAGUAAGCCACGUGGCAGCCCACGUAUAACCCCAACGGACAAGCGCAGCCGAAUCGGGAAGAGAAGUAGAAAGUACUACGAAACGGACGCAAAGAUGAUCGGGAACAGCCCCCACAGAGGGAAGUACUCGGACAGGGGGGCUAAUGCCAGACGAGCGAAGGUGUGGGAGGGCGCGGUGAGAGGGGACAAAGGGGGGGACACUAACGAAAGAGAGGUUAGCGAAGUUGGCGGCUGUAGCGAUUGUAGCUACAGGAGCGAUGAAACAGCUAGAUGUCGUAGAAGCCACUUCAGUGGCAGAAACUGCUCCAACGGGAGCAGCCACUUUAGCGCAAACGGAGACCUAAAGAAUUGCGUCGAAGACGAAGUUGACAACAAAGAUCACCUUGGUUUCUGCGACAUUUCGCUCGUCCCCUUUGCGGAUGAAGCAUUUUACAUAAACUACGGAUGUGUUAGCAACAGACGACGCACCCACAGCACAGGCAGCGUGUUUGUGAUUGACGACAUCGGGGGGGGACUUGAAAGAAAGGAAAUGGCGAAAUGUAAAAGACGAAUAACAUUCGGAAGAGAAGGGAAGAAAGAAUUUUUGCACAACAUAAGUGCUGAUUCAAUCGUGAAGGGAUGGAUUUAUAAGGCCGAUUCAAAGCACAAGUUCUUUCAUGUUAGACUUUUUUCGGUGAGGAAUGAUACAGAUGGGAGCAGCGGCAGCAGGUCCAUCGACGUAAUGGAAAAAUCACAAACAGUGAGUUGUGGCAGCAGAGAGGAUAGCGACGGUGGGGGAAGGAGCGGUCUUCACCGUAGUAAGUGGAGACGGCGAAGUAAGGGAAGCGAUCGAAUCGGUCCAAGCGGACCAAGCGAACCGAGAAGACCAGGCGAACCCGGCUCCCCUCGCGACCACCACGUGUAUGCCUGCUUGCCCUUCCAAUUUAUCAGUAAGUUCCAAUUUGUGGACAGCCUAGACAUGCAAGGCCUGCGCCUGGAAGAAAACCUAGACAGGUUCGUAGGAAUGAACAUACGAGCGAGAAUAUUCGACGAUAGAGAAUACAUCCGCUAUCAUUUUGAAGACCUCCUGGGGAGGUACCAGUUUCACUUCUUCCUAACUCUGCAGUGGAAGGGUCCUGAAGAUCACGUAAAAAAUGACAAGCUGGGGUUCUUGUCGACCAAGUUAAGUGAAAAGAGUUUAAUGGACCAAAAACAAUGGGGAAAAAACAUCCCCUGUGAGGUAGACAGUCUGCUGCUAACACGCCUGGAUGUCCUCCUAUUUUCCUGCAAAAGAUUUAUGAGCAAAGAAAAUGUGAAGUACAAAGAAAAAUAUUUGUUCUUAAAUCUUCCCCACUUGUCAUCCCUAAUUGAGUUCAAUUUUAGAAAUAAUUCUGUCCAGACGCACAUUGGAAAUAUUACGACGAGGAAGCAGAAUUUAAUUUGGUCUGACCAGAAAUUUAUGGAAGCUUUAGAAAUUUACAAAGAAAAUAGUAAGUACUACAACUUUUUAAAACAUUAUUUCACCUUCGAUUCGGGAUCGAGUCCAUGCAGCUACGUCUACCUGAGUGAACUGGACAAAUUUGAGGCAACAAAUGAGCACACCGCCGCUACCAAAGUGAGUCCGAAUAAACAUGUAGAAGGAAAGGAGCCCAAUGGAGCUAACCCAAAACAAAGGAACUACAUUUUAGAGAAAGAAAAGGACAAAAUUUUUCCAGUGGAAAAUUCUAGUAACCUAAAAAUGGAAGGAAAUAAAAAUGGGAAACGAUAUGAAGAUUAUUGGUUCUCACUAAGUGAUAAGGAAAAACAUAUAGUGGAUAAGAUCUCCUUUUUAAAUUCUAGUGUGUACAAAACUAAGUGGAUAUAUGAUUUCUUUAACUGCAUUAAGUUAACCAUUAAUCUGAAUAAUCACCACCUUUGGGGAAACUUCCUUCUCAGCUUGGUGCUGCUAGAGCUGAGCUGCUACACGGAAUCUUUCCUUUUCCUUUUCAGGAUUUUUAAAAUAAAAAAAAUGUUUUUGGAAAGCUACAAAUUGAAAAAUAUUAUCUGCACAGUCUUCAUAAGACGAUUAAAAAAAUACAUCGAAAAGGAACAUCUAUGGAAUGUCAUCGUAAACUACAGAGAAUAUGAUUUGUUCAGCAUGAGAGAGGAUAACUGCGAUGAGUACUGCAGGAAUAUAUUUCAGCGAAAUUUAAGUCUGUUAUGCGCUUUGGAGAAGGGGUAG